AUGACCAAGCGCAAGGCUUCACAAACCGGCUCGACCUCCAAGCGCCAGCGCGCUGCAGAAUCCGGUGAGGAAAAAGCCGGAUCUGGAGUUUCUGGAAGCGUCAUAGAUAUUUGCAAAGAAAUCAAUGCAGAUGAGAGUUCCGGAUCUGAGGAACAACAAUCACCGAUCCGGGUGGUGACUCUUCCAACCACGGCCGAAGAAGCCGACGAGGAAGACGAAGCCGCCGAGGAAGAAGAUUCUGGAGAGGAAGAAGAAGCCGUCGAGGAAGAAGAAUCCGGAGAGGAAGAAGAAGCCGACGAGGAAGACGAAGCCGCCGAGGAAGAAGAUUAUGGAGAGGAAGAAGAAUCCGAAGAGGAAGAAAACUCCAAAGAGUCCGCCGGUGAAGAUGAGGAUGAUUUGUCAUCUACAGUACAAUGGCAAUACCUACGAAAAGGUAUGGAGAAAAUAAAACACAAGGUCAACAUUACGGGCAAGGAGAACAAUAUUGAAAUCAUAAACAAUGUUUUAGAGGGUGACAAUGUAUACCGUGAGCUGCAAGAGUCUGUUUUCAGUGAUUUCCUCAAACUACCAUCCCGCGUAUCACGAUCAGGCCAAUGCCUGCAUCUCAUGAUAUCAAGACAGAUAGCAGGAAAAUCAAAACCGGAUGAGACGGCGUUGUUUUUUAUCGUGGAUGGCUAUGUGACGAGGUUUUCCAGGAUUGAGUUUUUUUUUAUGACGGGAUUGAAAUUUGGGUCAAGCAACUUUAACCCAUAUGCAGAUCACAUCAUACUUGAGAAUUCUUUUUAUCAGAGAGUUCUUGGCGGUAGGGAAAUUUACCCCAACAAAUUGAGGGAGAUGUUUAUGACCCGAGGUUUGGGUGAGCAUAAAGCAGACUACGUUAAGGCAGCAAAGAUGCUACUAGUGACCGAUCUGAUAUUUGGCUAUGAUGGUACGAAUUACAGAAUUCCGGAUUGGCUCUGGGUGUUGUUGGAGGACACAACAACAUGA